GUCGAUACUUGGUGUAACCUCAAAUUCUAUGGCCAUUCUGUGUGUCUCGACGUCUGGGGAUACUGAAAUCCGAAGUAAUCCCAACAUUGCCAUCGCCCACCUCGUCGAUGUUCGCAGACUCCUGUGCCUCCACGUCGACUGUUUGCCUGUGAUAUCGUCCACGAUUUGUCGAACAACAUGUCCUCGGAGAUGACUUGGCCUCCUAUUUCGCCUCAUGCUGCGCUUAUGAGCUCUCCAAGCGGACGCAAGAAGUAUGAAGCCUACCAAGACGGCACGUCCCCUAUGAAACGAUCAGCAACGACACCUAGUCUAGUCGACAGGCUACGAGCGGCGCGCACAGACAAUGAUUUCAGGGCUCAAGACGGGAGCGCGGAGGAAGAGUCACCAGAAGAAGACGAAGAGACACUACAACUCCAAUUGGCUGCAAUUGAAGCCAAGUUGAAAUUGAAGAAGUUGCAACAGAGUAAAGCUAGAGCUGCAACUCCCGCCAGAGACCUAGCCCGGCCUGCGUCUGCUCAUGCGCCGUCCGCUUCCCAGGUCGAGGUGAAAGCCUCUCCAAGUAAACGAAUACAAGCUCCGGUGUCAAAUUCGCCAACAAGGGUUCUCCUAGGGAUCGACAAGGGUGUUCGAGGCGCGGACGUGUCACUUCGCAGAGCCAAUACUACAAACGGUAGCCACCGUUCAAUACGAACGAAUAGUGCACUUCCCAGCAGUGACAGACCCCCUUCUCGAUCUUCAGCAUUCAACUCAGCGCGAUCAGCCACCUCAUCCAGGUCUACCGUAAAGAGCGAGUCACGAAAAACAUUCAGCGAGCGAAUGACAGAGGCCCGUCAACGGGAGACGAACCGCGAACAACGUCGCGCCACAACAAUUCAAAACCGCGCCAGAGGGUUCGCCCUCGACCAAACAGAAAUAGAGAAUUAUAGAUCGGCGGCGGAGGAAUCACGCAAUCAAAAACCAUCAAAGUCACCUACCCGGCAGUAUUUCGAAUACAGUCGUGACGAAGUCCUCCAUGCUGCGUCGGAAGCAAACGUCGGGAGUCGGCAACUUAAGAAGAGUCGAACCAUGCCCAACCUCAGAACAUCGCCAUCCAGACACAGUACACAUCCAGAGACCCAACCGGGAGACCCUGCCCUUUUCGAAGGCUUCUCUGGACUACAUUUGUCUUCACGAAUCUUGCCACACUCGUUCCUCAAACGCACUCUUCCCGCCGAACAAUUUACCAUCUUACGUAUCCCGGACCUCCUCAAAGCCGUCAAGUCUCCUGCAUACGACCUACCUGAGUCUGUGUGUGACUAUGUUGUUUUUGCGGUGAUUGCUUCCAAAUCCUCCCCUAUGGACCAAAAAAACUCUAGUUCCGACCAUGACACGGUUGGGAGUAAAGAUUGGGAACGUCAAUGGGAAGACGGGUCGCGCAAUCACCGACGGUUCAUGGCUCUGACCCUCACAGAUUUGAGCUGGACCAUUGACUUGUACCUGUUCAGCACAGCCCUCCCUCGCUACCACCGGCUCACACCUGGCACUGUUGUGGCAAUCCUCAACCCGGGCAUUCUGCCUCCGAAACCAGGGAGAGCUGACACGGGCGCAUUCUCUCUGUCCCUCUCCGACGAUUCCGAUACCGUCCUGGAGAUCGGUACAGCUCGAGACUUGGGAUAUUGUAAGACUCUGAAAAAGGAUGGGAAGGAAUGUGGCAGUUGGGUCAAUGCGGCGAAGACCGAGAUUUGCGAAUGGCAUCUCAAUGCGGAAAUCAACAGGACACAAGCGAAAAGAAUGGGUGUGAACACCGGCGCGAAUGGUUUCGGGGAAUGGAAGAAUCGUCCCAGGACAAGGGAUCCAGAUGGCCGCAACGGAGCCUUAUUGACGAGGGACGGACGACGAUAUGACAGGACGACGGAAAGUCACUAUUACAUCGCCAGCACAGGACCCAAAGGUGUCGGGCAUGCUCGUCACGCCGGGAUGGGACCACACCUUCUGGACGGCGACGAUCCAUUUCUGCCUGGUCAAGACGGCCAGCUCUCCCGCCCCGGCGACCGGGACGCCCGCCUGAGGAAACGUCUCGCCGCGCAGGCGAAAGAGCGGGAGAUCGCGCAGAGACUCGGCUCAAGAGCGCACGGUGGGCUCGGAUUCGGGUUCGAGAGCGCCGGGGCGGAGUACAUGCGCCAGAAGACAAAGACGAGGACGGGCGACGACGACCCAGCAAAAGACAAACAGGCCACAAGGGCCCAGGCCGUGGACGAGACGGAGACCCGGCGCUCGGGUCCUAUUUCCGGGAGUAUCUUGACCAGCACGAACAGCGCCACGAAAGAGAACAGAAAGCGCACCGCCGCCGAUGUGCGCCUCUCGCCCGUGAAGAAAACACGCUUUGUCACCGAAAAGGGCAUCAGAGAGGCUGGCAGAGAGUCCCUUGGGGCCGCGGGUGGUCCUGGUCCCGGUCCUGGCCCAGGUGUUGGGGGUGAGAGUGAGAGCGAGGAUGAAUUGGAAAUUGUUUGAGCGCUGCUGGCGUCUCGCUUGAUAUGAGAGAGAACUUUGGCAUGAAUGCUGCUGUUGUGACCAAGACUGUAUAACCACUAUGACCUAGAGGCUUCUUGUCUCUGUAACGUUUUAUGAAAUCUGCAAGAAAAGCUUCAUGAAUGAACCCAGG